GUCUUGUUGACAUGGCAACAGAAAAUAAAAAAUGGCGGCCAAAACAUUUUGCUGCAUUUCUCGCAUAAUUUUGAAGUUUACUUUAAAGUGUUAAUUUUAAAUAUUUCUGCUUUUGAUACGAUGGCGUUUUCCUCAAGCCAAAGCGCCAAAUCAUUGGCGAAUAACUAUGAACUGACUCUUCUCGAAGCAAAUCAUUUGAGACAGAUUCCGACCAGCUCUAAACUAUAUAAAUGCUUUGAGAUAUUUGAUGAAGUCAUUCCUAUGUUGGGACAAUAUAAAAGGGUUAUGAAAAUGAUUCGAGAUCAAGUUUACGAGGCUGUGUUCAGCCGGCAAUAUACUGUAGAUAUUGGGCCCGAAGUCGUAACUCCAGUGAUGGAUAAAAGAAACAGCUCCCUUGUGAAGAACGCUUCUUCUAUUGAACGCAUACCGUAUUUUGACAUUUUAAAUAAACUCGUAGAUGAAAGAAACAGCCGCGCUGAAGUAGCUGAAGAACAAGUUAAACAACUGAAAAACAUUGUAGAAGAGUUAAAUGACGAGAUUGGUGCCUUCAAGAAGAAUAUUGCAAAUUUAGAAUCCACCAUUGCCGAUGAACAAGAACAAAUUCACGAACUACAGAGUAAUCUAGUUACUAAAGAACAGCAGAACAAUCAACUUGACAUAGAACUACGCUAUCAGCAGGAGAAAAUGAGAAGGAGAGUAGAAGACUUCGAAAACUCAAUAGAAAAUCUGAACGAACAGCUCGUACAAGAGAGCGGUAAAGUAGAUGAGCUAAAUCGUUUUAAGAAAUGCCAUGAUAAAGUGCAGGAUGAUUUUCGUGAUCCGACCGUAUUUUCGCCAACACCUCAGAGAGGAUUGUUCUCAGCAAAAGAGCAGAAAUUACGUAACGAUAUCGCUGAAGGAGCAGCUUUAGAGAAACAACUUUUGCUGCUCAGAAAUACUUGCAUUGAUGAGUACGACCAAUAUCUAGAGGAAUGUCAUUUGAAGGAGAAAGGAAAGGGCGUACCCAGUGAACCGCGUAUUGAGCAACCAUCGAACGGAAAACUGUCGACGAAAGACGAAGAACGAGAAAGGUGCGAAACGGCGUUUGUAAAUAUGAUCAGUAAUAUCGAAAACGAACUUGCUCAAAACUUAAUGCAUCUUUCGAUUCUAAAGAACGAUUUGGACAAAGUUAACGAAUUGAAAAGACAAUCAAAACAUUCUGAAAACCUGCUUCGUAAAGGGAGAAACUCCACAGAAGAGGAGUCGGAUUUGUUAGAACUUAUAAAAGAUGCAAGUAUGAACUAUACGUUUGUUCCACAAGAACCAAUUCUAAGCAAGUAUGCUCUGGUCGUACUGUACUCAUGUAAUCAAGGCAAGACAUUCCAAGAGUUACCCGGUGUCCAACAGUGUAAAAGUUGUACAGCGAAAACACUGGUGUGUCCUCAUAAGGUGACAACAGGCGAAAGGGUAUUUCACCUACCGUUGCAAUGCACACAUAUCAAGUUUACACGGCCAGAGCUACAAGUUCCACAAGCCUCGCCAUCUGACUUUCCAGAAAGGACUUCAAAUUUACCAAAAGAAUUAAAGUCCGAGAAAGUUUACCCCAAGCUUUGGAAUGAUUUAGCGCUACGUGAAAGCAGGAACCACCAAAGAGCUCCAAGAGUUUUGAAAAUGGACUUUUUGGUUUCUGUAAUUGAGCAAUUUUAUGCAUUGGUUGUUUUAGAUGAUACUAAAAAUGGAGAGGAAACUUCGAUGAACGGAGGACUUGUGCCCAUGUUAGAGGCAUGGUACGCGUUCCUGAAUCAUCGUUAUCAAUCUAAUAGCGUUGCAGUUUUGGUAGCUAGGGAUGUGAUGGAGACAGUCCAAAGCAGUGCACCACUGCAACCAUUUGUUCAAAUGUUUGCAGAAUGCUUAUGUGGCAACCUUGAUCCUGCUGCUUUCCGAUACUUUCUGAUACUCCGUCGUUUAGUACAGAUUGUUCACUGGACAUCGUUUGAAGACUUCACAGCUUUCUCUAGUAUUGUGUAUCCGUUCAUGGACGUUGAUGAUUUGGAACAGCUUACAAUGAGCUAUCGAGCAUUCGGCGAGAACACAAUUGAUGAAACACGAGUACGCGAGUUCUUCUUGUCCCUGAUUUUGAAGCAACGCGAGCCAGCAUUUCAUGAUAUGGAGAACCAACUUCUAAGUCAUCCCGAGGUUAGUUCAGGAGUUAUGGCGGAUACUGGCUUCGUUGAAUCUAUGACGGAAAUUUCUCCACUUAGUUCAGAACGACUGUGUCACCGUUUGUACACUCAGUCUAAAGCGGGCAUGGAAGGCAAUCACGUUUCGAUAAGUCGUCUAUCGCAAAUCGCCAGUUAUUUAGUUCUUCGUCAGCAAGCGGCGGUAAUGGAAAUGGAAAUCAGGACAAAACUUCAAACAGAGUGAUGCAUGGAUUAAACGCACUUUUGCUACAGAUACUUUAAGUGUGUAACUAUAAGAGCUCAGGUUAAAUGUCAAUAGCCUUUAGCGUUAUAUGCAUAUUUGUUACUGUACACUGUUUGAAAAUAUGUCGAAAUUGGAAGGAACAUAUAGGACCUACUGAAAAACCACAGCGUGUCCAUGGGUGAGGAGGGAUGUAAGCCUCGUCCUUGUGACUCCCUUUAUAUAAUCUUCUUAUAUAUUAAUGACUAUCUGUCUCGACUUAGUCGACUAUAUGGUUAUCACAAGGGGCCAGAACUUAUACUUCUUGUAUUGAUAUUACCUUCCAAUAAACCAUAUUUAUGUAUAACACAAUGCAACGUUUUAAAGUGCAUAUGACAUGAAAUUUUCAUUAUUUUCUCCCCGAUUUUUAUGCAUCACUUGAAAGUAUCUUGAAAAAUUAUUCACGACUCAUCUGUAUUUUUUGUAAUGUCACUAGAGGUGCUUUAGAUGGUGGCAAAGAAUGCGAUUGUUAAAAAUAAUUUGGC